CGCUAUCUAAAGACCAAGAUGAGUCAACCGACAAGCGGCUCGUUUUUCUCGGUUAUAAUGAAAAAUGUAACGCCGCCGUCACCAGAACCUCGUUUUGAUUCGAUUUAUUUGGCUGCGCUGUAAGAAAAAUAAACAUUGUCUCUUUCUAGCUUUGAGAGCUUGUUAUAGUGUCACAGCUGGGAAUGUGAAUGAAUGAGAAAGCUGAAUCCUAAACCGGCGACAGCGGGGGAAUCGGUUCAGAGUCAGAAUCUACAAAUAUUGUGGACGUUGUUGUUAUUGUUGCUCUGAGAUAACUGGAUGUCGUAUAAGCUCCAAAUGGCUACAGUAAACUGUUUUAGUGGUCCGGAAGAGCUCGAGGAUUUAAGCCAUGCACGGAAUUUGAUGAGAGAACUGAAAAUGUUUUACGACUCCCAACUUCUGGUUGAUGUUAGUAUUGAAGUGGAAGCAGGACAGGACACGUCAGGAUGCUCCUCUAUAACAGAGACACGGACGUUUUUCCAGUGUAACCGUAAUAUUCUGGCAGCAGCCAGUCCAUAUUUUAGGAGUAUGUUUACAGGAGGACUGUACGAAAGCACUCAGAGUAAGAUUACAAUUCACGACGUGGAUGCAGAGUCCAUGGCGCUUAUUGUUGAUUACUGCUACACAGGCAAAGUGACCAUCACUGAAGCCAACGUGCAAAAGCUCUAUUCAGCUGCCAAUAUGCUGCAGGUGGAGUACAUCAGACAUGCCUGUGCUGAUUUCAUGACCAGAAGGCUGGACCUGUGUAACUGUACAGGGAUCUUGAAAUUUGCAGACACCUUUGACAACAUGGACCUGAAAAGCAAAGCUCAAGUCUUCAUAGCAAAGCACUUUGCUCAGCUCAGUGAUAGUGAAAAGGAGCUGUGUGAACUGGACAUGAAACAAAUGAAAGAGAUCCUCACUUUGGAUUCCCUCGAUAUUGACUGUGAGAGGAAAGUGUGUGCGGUUGCAAUACACUGGAUCGAACAUAAUCUACCUCUGGAAACGGAGGACGCGUUGCAAAUCCUUAAAUGUGUCCGAUGGUCACUGUUCACAGAGAAGGACCGGUUCUAUUUAGACAGCCUUAAAUCAAAGCCUUUUAUUAAAAAACACCUUCCGAGUUUGCCAGAUUUGGCUAGUACGGGAGAGAGCAGUGUGAUUUCAAUGAACAAUACAAAACAGAGAAUUGGUAAAAGUGCAAAAGAAAUGGUUCUGUUUUUUGGCCGACCAAAUGAACCGUUCAUGUGUUAUGAUCCCUACACUGAAGAGAUCUACUCCAUGUCAUCUCCUAUCAUAAAUCUCAGCAAUCAGAAUUUUAAACGUUCUCCUAUGGAAACAUUUUUAGUCUGUGCCACACCAGAAAACAACCUGUACAUAGCCUCACACCUGUCAAAGCACUUCUGGGUGUAUAAUCCUUUGCUGAAUUGCUGGCAGGAGCUGGCUGAAAGACUGCUAUGGAGAAUGCAUUCAUACAUUGGCUACCUCAGUGGGCACAUGUACAUUCUCGGUGGCAGGGACCCUGUAUCUGAUGGCAGGCUCAAGGAGGUUGAGUGCUAUAGCAUUCAGAGGAACCAGUGGAUGUUUGUCGCCCCUUUGCCCCAUUCCUUAGGCAAGAUGCAAGUUGUGACAGUCAAUGAGCAACUAUAUGUAGUGAACAAGAGAAGAAUAUUGUGCUACGAGCCCAAGAGAAACCAUUGGCUUCAGCGUGGCUCUUUAAAACGCAACAAGCUCCACAAGGCCUGUGUCUUUCAGGAUCAGAUCAUCUGCCUUUGUGAUAUCCCAGUAGUGAAAGUGUAUAACCCAGUCCGGGGGGAAUGGAGACGCAUCGCAGACAUACCCAUCGAUAGCAGUGCUCUCAACUACCAAGUGGUACAACACAAAAACAAACUGCUCCUGCUUACUCUUGCCAUUGUCCAUCACAACAAAAACAGGCUUGUCAUACAUGAGUAUGAUUCUUCUAGGGACACAUGGAAAAACGUGGUCACCAUGUUCGGGUCCUCAUUUGGCUCGAUAAGUCUCUCUGCGCGCAUUUAUACAGCUUGCCUUAGUUCAGGACAGAACUUCAUUACUGAGGAGGAUGAUGACAGUGGCUCCAGUGUAGACUGGGACUUUGGACUGACUGAUGCAGACUCAGAUUCUGGCAGCUCAAGCUCUUUUUCUGAUGAGAAUUGGUAGUCUGGAAAUCUCAGUGUUUGUUCAUGGCUGUUUUGUAGGAGACAAAAAUGUCUUAAACUCCAUCUGACGAUAAGAACUGCAGAAUUGUCCUGAUAAUACUAUAUGUGGCUGGCAAUAAGUGACUUAAUUUUUGCUUUUACUUGAAUUUACAUGUUUUUUUUAUAUAUAUAGUAUUAUUGAGUUAAAAGGUACUGUGAUAAUGAACAUCAGAAGAUGAUAAAUUAUUUUUUCUGAUUAAUAUUGCCAAUUUGGUGCUGUUACACUAAUAAGUGUAUUGUUUUCUCAACAUUUGACAGAUAAACACAAGUGUUAAUAUAUUUUUGAGUUAUUAAACACCUUAUACGUUUUAGUUUUAUUUAUUACAUAUUAUAAGAUGCAUGUCUGUAGAAAGGAUGCCUCAUGUUUUCCCAUGUCUGAGUUGUGUGUGUUUUCUUCCCACCUUCCUUCCAAUACAUUUCAUUAUGAAGGUUGUCAAUGCUAAUGCUAAGUGUGGAAGUGUUUGUGCGUCCUCAUAUGAACUGGCAGCUCAUCCACGGUGUAUUCCUUCCUCCCUGAUUACUCUGCAACCCUAUAUGUCGAACCAAAAUGUUUCAUUUCUGCAAUGUAAACGUUUGUCCCUAAUCAAGUUA